UUCACAGCUCUCCCAGACAAUCUUUAUCAACAAUCGACUAUAUCCACUAUUCCUGUGUGGAAACCUUCCUGGCGCCUUCACCAAAACCUUUUACAAUUGUUCAACGAUCACUAUAAUCAAUUCCCAUGUCUUCCUUGCGUAUACUGUGACCAACUUCUAUAUCCAGAAAAAGCUGCCUGGGUCAUACAGGGAGAUCUGUCAACGUAUGCUCUAUUCCAAUUAUAUCCAUCUAUUUCACUAGACGACAUUGCUCACCCCAGUCCAGCGAACAAACUUCCAACUUGCCAUAGUUGCAAAGUAUCAUCAACAUUUCCGCGUCUUGCCCAAAUUCCCCAAGAAAUUAACAAU